GCUGCAUACAGAUCUCGCUCGUAGUGCUUCGAUGACGUCACCUCGGGCAUGAUUCGAGGUGGUUCAUUUCGUAUCGUAUCCCCACCGUACUGUACUACUGUUCGUUGUCCAGCUGACGCAAGCUGACUUUAGCUGACCAGAGUUGACGAGUGAUCAUCGAGGAUCAUAGUCGUUGUCAUCGCCGUAUUUGUCACGGAUAUCGGAGUGGGACCGCAUUCGUGCCGCGUGCGUCCCUAUAUUCCAGCAGUCUCGCGUGAAAAAGAAGACGGCCUUCACCGAGACAUAACAAAAAGCAAAGGACGAGACAAACAACGGCCUCUCGCUCACUCUCCUCGGCUCUUCUCCCUCUACCACGGUCUCUCUACUUCCUCCGUUUCUCUCGCACUCAUUUUCGCUCGCUCGCUCGGUUGCGAACGUCGCAAAUCCGGGCUCUCGUAAGAAAUAAUCCCCGUCUCGUUCGCGCGUGAGAGAAAGAGAGAGUAUACAGAGUGCUACGUUAAAUCCGGUACGCGUACAGACGCGCGUGUGGGUGUCGUGAUUUCUUUCGGUGUUUCUUGUCGCGCAGAUAGACUACGCGCACAAGGUGCGGUAAAGGAAGGAGGUCGUCGUCGUCGUCGUCGUCGUCAUCGUCAUCGUCAUCACCGUUGUUGUCUUCGGCGUUGUCAUCUGCAGUCACGCGUAAUAUACGCAUCUAGACUUGUCGCAGAGGACAAGAGUGAGGAAGAGAGAGAGAGAGACAGAGAGAGAGAGAGAGAGAGAGAGAGAGUGUGUGUGAGCGCGCGAGCGUGAUCAGUCAUCAUCGUUCGCACAAGUUAACGGAAAGCCCAUUCGUAAGGGAUGUCCACCCCUGCGAGGAGGCGAUUGAUGAGGGAUUUCAAGAGAUUACAGGAAGAUCCUCCAACUGGAGUGUCAGGCGCUCCGACAGACAAUAAUAUUAUGAUAUGGAAUGCAGUUAUAUUUGGACCACAUGAUACUCCAUUUGAAGAUGGCACCUUUAAACUUACAAUAGAAUUUACAGAAGAAUAUCCAAACAAACCACCAACAGUGAGAUUUGUUAGUAAAAUGUUUCACCCUAAUGUAUAUGCAGAUGGUGGAAUAUGUCUGGACAUACUACAAAAUCGUUGGAGUCCUACUUAUGACGUCUCAGCCAUCUUGACAUCUAUACAGUCGCUUUUGGACGAACCAAAUCCCAAUUCGCCAGCCAACUCUUUAGCGGCGCAAUUGUACCAAGAGAACAAGCGAGAAUACGAGAAGCGAGUGGCCACCGUAGUUGAACAGUCUUGGCUGAAUUUCCAAGAGAGUCACACGGAGGAUCCUCGCUGACAUUAAGUAUGCCGCUUUUCACGAUGUGUAAGAGAUCUCUGUCGCAGCUUCUUUGUCCAAAAAUAAAAAGUUAUCCCUUGUAUUAUAACGUAAAUGACGAUUCGGUCGAUAUGUUCCAUUGGAGCUGUAUACGUAAUAUCCUUCAAUACCUCGUGGCGAACAUUCCGUGUUGAUUCACAGUCUCUGUAGAAAAACAUGAUGAAAGGAAUUCGCACGACUUUAACUGUUGCAAAAAAAUAUUUAAAAAGAAAUUUAAAAAAGUAGGAAACUGGAACGACGUGAAGUUGCACUAUAAACGUAUGUGAUCUUUUACUUAUAAGUACGUACAUACAAUAUGUAUUGUCUUGCUCUUAUAACUAGCCGUUAGGUACCCCUCGCGCAAAAGAUACAAAAAUAAUAUCCGUACAAUGUUUCGCCAAUACGUUAAUCUUGCAGGCAAAUCGACUUACUAUUUUACAAGUAUAGACGAGCUUGAGAAAAAUGCAAUUAUGCUAAAGAAUAUGAAAGUUUGUAAGUCGCUUCUGGAAAGUCUACUUUCACCAUGUAAUGGCGCAAAAUAUAAGAAAAUAGUGUGAUUAUUUCUCGUUUUCGACUUGGUAUUUACCAUUAGAAAGUCACGCUUGUAUUAGACUGUAAAUGAAUGUCAUAUAUUGAAUAGUAUCGAAUUAAUAAAUUUU